AUGAAACUAUGCAUCACGCACCAUCACUUGGAAUGGCCUACUCCUAAAGAGUUGAGCCUGACCCUUUAUAGAUUCCAUCCAUCGAGAGAUGAGAGGUCCGCCGCCGAAGAUGGAGCAGAGAGAAGAUGCCGAACCGCAGGUUGGGCAAUCGAAUGCCAGGAUGCCAGCAAGGACGGUCACGCAGUUCUGCGGCUGUCAAGAUCUGGGUCGCUCCUGUUUACCAAACAUCCAUACUUCGCUCUCCGUUCUACAGAUCGUGGGGGAUCGGCUAUCAAGACGUUCCUCAAGGCCGCUGUAGAUACCAGUUACUAA